AUGGUGACACUGAUCCGCGAGCCAGACAACCCCUACGACGGCUGGGCGAUCCGCGUCGACAACGUGCGAAACGUGAAAGUGGGGCACCUGCCGCGCGUGCUGGUCUGCCACCUGUCGCCGCUCAUCGACCAAGGCUUGCUGGUCCUGGAAGGGAUUGUGCCGCGCGCCGGAGGCGCGUUCAAGAUGCCGGUGCAGCUCUGGUGCUUUGCGGAGCCGCAGAACCGGCAGCGGGUGGUGGCGCGGCUGCGGGCAGCCGGCAAGGUGCUGAACGACCCGGCACAGGCCGGCGGCGGCGGCAGCGGCGGCCGCGGCGGCGGCGCCAGCGGCCGUGGCGGGGCCAGCACCAGCGCCACCGCCGAGGCACCCGCCCGCCUGAGCGCAAAGCAGAUGGAGGAUUCUGUUGACCGCCUGUUUGAUGAGCUGAUGGCGGAGUCGGGGCCGCGGCAGCGCCUGGCGGCCUCCCCCGAGGUGGUCACCGCGCUGUACCCUCACCAGCAGGAGGCGCUGGCCUGGAUGGUGCGCCGCGAGAACAGCAACGCGCUGCCGCCCUUCUGGGGGCCACGGGUGGCGGACGCGGGCGGCCGGCUGACGUAUGUGUCACAGCUCACCAACUUCAUCUCCACCAGCCGGCCGCGGGCACUGAAGGGCGGCAUCUUAUGUGAUGAUAUGGGACUCGGGAAGACACUGCAGGUCAUCGCCCUCACCUGCACCAACGCGCCGGGCGUGCAGCGGCGCCAGCUCAGGUUCUUCACAGAGGGAGAGGCAGAAGCGGAGGCGGGGCUGGCAAGGCAGGGUGAUGAUGCGGCGGCGGAGGAGGAGGAGCAGGAGGAGCGCCCCAAGAAGCGGCAGCGCAAGGGCAAGGAGAAGGUGGGCGCCAAGCCGGCCGCCAAGGCUGCCGGCCCCAGCCAGGCGCCCAAGACCAAGGCGGGCAAGCUUGCGGUCGAGGCGGCGGAGCGGGCUGUGGCCGAGGAGGUGCCGGCGGCGCCACCGGCGGCCAGCGGGCCUCGUGGCACGCUCAUCGUCUGCCCGCUGUCCGUGAUGAGCAACUGGCAGAUGCAGCUGGAGGAGCACACACAGGGCAAGCUUUCAGUGUGCGUCUACCAUGGGCCCGACCGCGACCGCCGUGUGGCCUCCCUCAGCAGCUACGACGUCGUCAUCACCACAUACAACAUCCUGGCGCAGGAGCUCAGCCUGCAGAAUGGCGUGUGCAAGGUGGACUGGCUGCGCGUGUGCGCGGACGAGGCUCACACCAUCAAGAACACCAACACGCAGAUGGCCAGGGCGGCGUACGCGCUCAGGGCGGAGCGCCGCUGGGCCAUCACCGGCACGCCGCUGCAGAACACGCUGCAGGACCUGCACGGCAUCACCCGCUUCCUGCGCCUCGAGCCGCUGGACGACCGCGCCCUGUUUGUGCGCACCCUGGAGCGGCCCAUCAAGGCGCGGGACCCGCUGGGCCUCAAGCGCCUGCAGGUGCUGAUGGGCACCAUCGCUCUGCGGCGCACCAAGGCGCAGCAGGUGAACGGCCGCCCGCUGGUGGCGCUGCCCGACAAGACGGUGCACCAGGUGGCGGUGCAGCUGGAUGCGGCGUCGCGAGCCAAGUACGAGCGCUGGCAGGCGGCGGGGCGGGCCAUCGUGGAGCGUCACCUGGAGGAGGGCACGCUGCUGCAGAACUACACCAUGGUUCUGGAGGUGCUGCUCAGGCCGAGGCAGAUCUGCUGCCACGCCUCGCUGGCGCCAGGCGAGGACCCGUCCUUCCUGGCGCAGCAGCCCGCCGCCGGCGCCAAGCUGACGCCCGAGCUGGCCGCGCAGCUGGUGGAGCUGCUCAGGGCGGGGCUGGAUGAGGAGUGCCCCGUGUGCCUGAGCGAGCUGGCGCAGCCGUGCAUCACCCUGUGCAAGCACAUCUUCUGCAAGCGGUGCAUCCAAAUGGUGAUCAACCGAGACAAGGCUGCCUGCCCCAUGUGCCGUGGCGCCAUCUCAGAGAAGGAGCUAGUGGAGGUGCCUGAGGAGCCAGAGGCGGGCACACAGGAGGCCGCCGCAGCCGCAGCCGCCUCCCGCGGCGGCGCCGCCGCCGCGUCUGCCGCUGGAGGCGGCGGGUUUGGCAGCGCCAAGGUGGCUGCGCUGCUGGAGCGCCUGCGCCAGGAUGCGGCGGCCACCGCGGCGGGGGCGGCGGCGGGGGCCGGCGGCGGCGCAGUCAAGAGCGUCGUCUUCAGCCAGUUUACCUCGUAUCUCGACUUGGUGGAGGCGGCGCUGGCUGGCGAGGGGUUUGUCACCGGGCGCCUGGAUGGCAAGACCAGCGCGAAGCGGCGCGGCGAGGUGCUGCGCGCCUUCCAGUCCAGCAGCGCCAGCAGCCCCACGGUGCUGCUGGUGAGCCUCAAGGCGGGCGGCGUGGGCCUCAACCUGACCGCCGCCUCCCGGGUGCACCUGCUGGACCCGUGGUGGAAUCCCUCGGUGGAGGAGCAGGCCAUGGACCGCGUGCACCGCCUGGGCCAGACCCGCGCCGACAGCAUCGAGGAGCGCAUGCUGGCGCUCCAGGAGCAGAAGCGGGAUCUGAUGCGGGUGGCCUUCGACCGCCGCAAGGCGGAGGAUAUCCGCCAGGAGCGCAUCAACGACGUGCGCAUGCUGAUGGAGCUGUAG